GACAAAAAAAAAGCAACACUCAUUUGUAGCUAUUCAGAGCCUCAAUUAUUUCCUCAGACUCUCUUGAGCUCUCUCCAGCCAUGGCUGAUCUGAAAGACAAAACCUCCUCAAUUUCGGGCCACUCCGGUCGUCCUCCGAUGGUCAACCCUAAACGGAACAACUAUGCUUUCGUCGUUGCAAUCAUGGCUUCCAUGGCUUCCGUCUUACUCGGCUACGAUAUUGGUGUAAUGAGUGGAGCCGCGAUUUUCAUUCAAAAGGAUUUUAGAAUCUCCGACGUGGAGGUGGAAAUUCUCGUUGGGAUUAUAAGUCUUUACUCUAUUAUAGGCUCGGUUGCAGCCGGCAGAACCUCCGAUUGGAUCGGCCGCCGUUACACCAUGGGCCUUGCCGCCGCAUUCUUCUUCGUUGGAGCUGUUCUUAUGGGGUUGGCUACCAACUAUGCAUUUCUCAUGUUUGGCCGGUUCUUUGCCGGUGUCGGUACCGGGUUUGCCGGAUUGAUUGCUCCUGUUUAUACGGCUGAGAUUUCUCCGGCAGCAUCUCGCGGUUGCUUUACCUCAUUUCCGGAGAUUUUCAUUAAUGUGGGGAUAUUGCUGGGUUAUGUUUCGAAUUUUGCAUUCUCCAAGCUGCCAACUCACUUGGGUUGGCGAUUCAUGCUAGGAGUUGGCGUAAUUCCUUCGGCCUUAUUAGUAAUAAUCGUCCUAAUAAUGCCAGAAUCACCACGUUGGCUUGUAAUGAAAGGCCGAAUUUCCGAAGCCAAACGAGUCCUCGACAAAACAUCGGUCUCCAUCGAAGAAUCUCAACAAAGACUCGCCGACAUCAAAAUUGCCGCCGGUACAGACGACGACGACGCCGUAAACCGCCACACCAACCGCAAAAACGUCUGGAAAGAACUCUUCAUCCAUCCGACCCCAUCCGUCCGCCAUAUCUUGAUCGCCGCUCUCGGACUUCAUUUCUUCCAACAAGCCUCCGGUAGCGACAGCGUCGUUCUUUACAGCCCAAGAAUCUUCGAGAAGGCCGGAAUCACCUCCUCUGAUCACAAAUUACUCGCCACUGUCGCCGUUGGAAUCGUCAAAACCGUCUUCAUUUUAGUUGCUACGUUCCUCCUUGAUCGAGUCGGACGACGGCCGUUGAUCCUCACUAGCGUUGCUGGCCAAACGGUUUCUCUUGCUACCCUAGGAUUCAGUCUGACAAUCAUCAAUAACUCGGACGUGAAACUGAAGUGGGCUGUAGUCCUAUGUAUAGCUAUGGUACUCUCCAAUGUGGCAUUUUUCUCAAUAGGUUUGGGUCCCAUGUCGCCCGUUUACACGUCAGAGAUAUUUCCUUUACGAUUACGUGCUUUAGGAGUGAGUAUAGCUGUAACCUUAAAUAGAGUCAUAAGUGGAGUUGUCGCAAUGACGUUUUUAUCUCUGUACCAUGCGCUUACCAUUGGUGGCGCAUUUUUCCUCUACGCGGGGAUUGCAGCGGUGGGUUGGGUAUUUUUCUUCAUCGUCUUUCCGGAGACGAGAGGUCAUAAUUUGGAGGAUAUCGAAGGGCUUUUUGGUAAACUUCCUUGGAGAUCAAAGAAAAACAAGGGUAUACCCAUGGAAGUGGAACUAGAAGGAUGAAGGAUGGGAAUUGGGGAUGGCUCAUUCAGUCGGUCUAAAUUAAAAUUUGAAUUUGUUUCCAUUAGACUUCCCAUGAUAAUAUUAUAAUUAGUCUAAUUAUAUGUUACAUCAAAUUGAUUUUGUUGAAUUUUCUUUAAUAGACAUGUGGUUUCUUAUUAUUGAUA